GUCAAAAUCUUCAUAGAUGAGACCUAUGGGCACUCUGAGUCUCUUCUUCUUUCUUUUUCUCCAUCAUUUUGCCCUUAGUGGUUCUACAACAUAUUUCUCUUCAAACAUUUCCAUUUGUGGGAAUAUCACCAUUAGAUACCCUUUCCAACUACAAUCCCAAAAACAUCAAGAUCAAAAUCCAGGUUAUAACAAUUGCUUUUCCUUAAGGUGUACUGAUCAAGGCAAUGCACUACUCAAUAUUCCUUUUUCAGGAGAUUUUCUUAUACUAGAAAUCAACUACACCAAUAAAGAACUAAAACUCCAACAUCCCUCUAAUUGUCUUCCAAGAAAGCUCCUACAUUUUCACCUUCCUUCUUCUCCGAUUUCGGCUUCUUCUUCUCAGAACUACACCUUCUUCUUGUUAUCUGGCUUUCAUGGAGAUCUUAGACUAUCAUGGGAUGUUCAUCUUGACAAAUAUAGAGAUAGUAACAUGACAACAAGUGGAGAAACCACCCAUCUCAAUGUCCCAAGAACAGAUAGGACUUCACGUUCAGAAGCAAUCUUGAUCAUUUUCGUGGGUGUGUCCCUCAUUCUACCAUCCCUCCUCUGUUUAAUCUGCGUAACAUGUCGAAUUUUUCUCGAACUAAGGCAUCACCGCCAAGUGACGGCCGCUGCUGCUGCAGCCGCUAUGGCAAGGUUAGCACCAAUGCCAAUGAUUGUGAUAGCAGGGCUUGAUGAAUCCACGGUUCAGUCCUACCCGAAAGUGGUUUUUGGUGAAAGCCGGCGCCUUCCGGGAAUUAAUGCUGUAACUUGCUCAAUAUGCUUAGCUGAGUACAAUGCUGGGGAAACACUGAGAUGCAUACCUGAAUGUGAACAUUGUUUCCAUGCUGAAUGUGUUGAUAAAUGGUUGAAAAUGAAUAGCACUUGUCCUGUUUGUAGAAAUUCUCUUCAUUCAUGAUCUUGUGCUCUUCUGCUUUA